AUGGGCAAACUAAUAAUUUUUGGUGAGAUAGUAACUAUUGAAAAUGCUAAAACAUUGUUGAAUCAAAUUUUAUUAGAAGAAGGAAUUCAACAAGCUAUAUAUACAUAUAAAGAUGUUAUUAGAAAAAAGAAAAAAAAAAUUUGUUCAACUCUUAAAGUUACUUUACUUUCUAAUGGUAAGAAGUACUUGUCUAAACAUACUUCUAUUUCAAAAGAAUCAGGAUCAAUUGCGUGUGCUUAUAAAAUUCUUCAACAAAUAGCUAAUGAUGAUAAGUAUAUUGAUUACAUAAAAGAAAAUACAUCUGAAACAAAAAAUGAAAAAAAUAUGAUAAAAGAACGGAUGAUUAAGGUUCCUGAUGAUUUUGAAUUGUAUGAAGAUAUUAAAGCUUUUUACAAUUUUAUAAAUGUUACAGUUCCAGAUCUUGAAGAUAAUUGUAAAAAACCAAUAACAAUUAAUUUUCCAUCAACAUUAAAUUUUAAUAAUAAUAUAGAAAACAUUUGUACUGAUAAUAAUAAUAAUAAUAUCAUUUCUAAUGUAUGGUUUCCUCCAAUAAGUAAAUAUAAUUGUUGGUUGAAUUGUCCUUUGACACAAAAACAUAAAUGGUGGAAUAAAGAAAUAGAGGAAAUAUCUCAAAUAUUAUUUAAUAUUGAAACUAAAAAAAAAGAAAAUAUUAAAAUGAAACAAAUCCGUCAAAAGUUACCAGUCUAUAUAAAAAGAACUACAAUAAUAGAAGCAUCUGAAUGUUGUCAGGUUUUGUUAAUUAAAUCAAGUACAGGAUCUGGUAAAAGUACACAAAUUCCUCAGAUUUUUCUUGAACAUUAUAUUUCAACAUAUCGUGGUGGUGAAUUUAAUUGUAUUAUAACUCAACCACGUAGAUUGUCAGCAAUAAGUUUAGCAAAAAGAGUUGCAGAAGAGAGAGGUGAAACUUUAGGGAAAUCUGUUGGGUAUUGUGUUCGAUUUGACAAAGUUGAUCCACAACCUUUUGGUUCAAUACUCUUUGGAACUAUUGGUUCAAUUCUUAGAAAAUUUUCAUCAGGUUUUAGAGGUAUAUCUCAUAUAAUUGUUGAUGAAGUUCAUGAAAGAUCUCUUGAGACUGACUUUUUGUUGAUAAUUAUUAAAAAAAUUAUACAAAAAUAUAAAAAAUUACGAAUUAUUUUGAUGUCUGCUACUAUUGACACUGAACAAUUUGAAAAAUUUUUUGAUGGUAUAAAAAUUAUUGAGAUUCCAGUAAAUUUAUAUGAAGUAAAAGAGUUAUAUCUUGAUGAAUUUAUUCAAUAUUAUAAAUAUAUUCCUCCAUAUGUAGAUAUAUCUAACGUUUUUUAUAAAAAUUCAAAUAUAUGGAAUUCUAAUAACUCUUUUCAUGACAAUACUGUAUCUCCAGUAGCAAAAUAUAUUGCAAAUAAAAUUGAAAUGAGUGAAGAAUUUCCAUAUGAUAUUAUUGUUAUGAUGAUAAAAGAAAGUGUUAAAACUAUUCUUGAGACUGAUGAUUAUGGAUCAAUUUUAGUUUUUGUUCCUGGAUGGAAUGAAAUUAUUAAAUGUAUAGAUAUACUUAAAAAUAGUAAAGAAAGUAAUAUGUAUUGGUGUCUUCCAUUGCAUUCAAACUUAACUACAAAUGAACAAAAUCUUGUUUUUCAAACACCUCCAGAUGGGCAAAUUAAAGUUAUCAUAUCUACAAAUAUUGCAGAAAAAUGGACGUCAAAAAAUUCAAUGGAACAACGUAAAGGACGUGCUGGAAGGAUUAGACCAGGAUAUUGUUAUCGUCUUCUUACAAAAAAAUUUUGGAAUUCUUUGCAACAACAAAAUGAUCCUGAAAUUAAAACUCGUUCACUUCAGUCAACAAUAUUAAAUAUCAAAGCAUUUGGACUUGGAAAUUCAAAAGAAUUUCUUUCUUCUGGUAUAGAAAAAAUAGAUGAUGCAAAUAUUAUUGAAUCUGAAAACUAUUUAAAACAACUUUCUGCUUUAGAUAAGAAUUCUUGUUUAACUUAUAUUGGUAAAGUUAUGCAACGCCUUCCUUUUGAACCAGAUACAGCAAAAUGUAUAAUUAUGGCAACUUUAUUUAAUGUAAUUGAUUCAAUUUCAAUAAUAUCAGCAAUUCGUGGAUCCUACAAUUCAUUAUAUACAAAUUCCUGUAAACCAAAAAUGGUAUCUAAUUUUAUUUUAAAAUUUUGUGGAAAUUUUAUGAGUGAUCAUUUAUUAGCGUCAAUGAUAUUUAAAAAAGUUAUUAAUUCAAAGGAUGAAGCUGAUAAUAACAUAAACAUAUAUGAAUACAUUAAAUUAACAACUAUAAAUAAUAUUGAAAAAGUAAGAAGUCAACUUUCAAGUAUUCUUGAACAAUAUUUCAUAGAAUAUUCUUUUACUGAUUAUAGAACAAUGAAAAAUGAAAUUUCUUGUCCAUCCAUACAUGUAAUUAUGUCAAUUCUUGUCAGCACACUCUAUCCAAAUAUUGCCUAUCAAAAUGAGAAAUAUACAUUUGAAAGUAUGGAUAAAUGUAAAUUAAGAAAUGAUAAGUUUUCUAUCUUAUCAUUGAAUAUAAAUAAUUUUAAUAAAAUAUCUCCAUUUAUUUUAUACAGUCAAAAAAUAAUAAACAAAAGUUCUACAAUGAAAGAAUGUUCUUCUAUCUCUCCACUUCAUAUUUUGUUGUUUGGAUCAUCAAAAGUCACCUAUAACGGUGGAAGAAAUAUAAUGUUAGAUGAUUAUUACUUAUUUGAUAUUAAUCCUAAAUUUGCUCAUAUGGUUCUUUAUCUUAAAAUUAUCAUCAAUGAUUUAUUAAAUUCUUAUUGUGUUAAAAAAAAAUUAAAUGAAAAAGAAAAGGCUGUCAAGAAUUUUGUAAGAAAUUUAAUUGAAAGAAUAACGACAAUGGCAUACAACACAAAUGAUAGAUAUUUUGAGAAAGUUAUUUUAAAAAAUCCAACUAAAGUUAAUUUUAAAAAAAUUGGUGGAGCAACCAAUUGGUGCUAA